AUGCUGCACAAUGCAACCAUAGCGAAUGUUUUACAUACCAUAGACGUAUACAAAGGCAGUGUGGCCAACUUUAGAAAAGGAGUGGUAGAAAAUGAUUACAUUCCACAAAAAUGCCGUUAUUUUUCGAGAACUUUAGUGUGGAAGACGUUCCUCAUCACCGGUAAUUUGAAAAUACUGACGUGGUUAAAGCUGUUGGAAAGCUCUAGGGUAGUCUACCAUGAACUCACAAAGCGUACUGACAUGCUUGUACCGUGGUGGAAACUAGAAAAAGACAGUGUGUACUUUCAAACUGAGUCUGUGUCUCGCAAGACCAGUUUACGGAGACGAGGCUCCUCACGAAUUCUGCGAGGACCAAGCAUUAAGAAGCCUUUAGAACGUGUGAAAAUAGAGAACAAGGAGUCUCCGUUGAGCGCUCAACCUUCAAGUCCUCUGGGCGAAGCUGAUCAUGUGGAGGACUAUCUAGAGACGAUCAUCAUGGAUGUCGAACGAUUAUUUCCUGGUGAAGAAUUCUUUAAUGCAUCGACACCUGUGGCAUUAAAAGCCAAGCGAAGCCUCAUUGAAAUACUUUAUAUUUUCUCGAAAUGUAAUCCCCAUGUGGGUUACAAACAAGGCUUCCAUGAAAUCUUUGGUUUGAUCUACAUGAACUUGUACAAAGAAGCAAUCGAGAUCCCCAAUACUAACACCAUGACCAACGACGACUACGAAAUACUAUCUCUUUAUGACAUCAAUUACAUAUCGCAUGACUUGUUCACGAUUUUAAACAAGUUCCUUAUCCUGUCCGGCAUCACAACCAGAUUCUUCCAAGACGAAGCAAACCUUUGGCGGUCUAUUGAACAAUUCAAUGCUAACCUAAUGAAAAUUGACCAGCUUAUCCAUUACAAUUUGAUAAGUAAACUAAAAAUUCUGUCGGAGCUUUGGGCAAUUAGGUUCUUUCGACUUCUCCUCCUUCGUGAGCUUGGCAAUGAUCUACGGGUCACUAGCCUCUUGUGGGACAAAUUUGUGGUACUAGCGGGAAGCGACGCUGGCAUUAGUGCUCUCCCUGAUGUAGUCAUGUUUGUGGUUGUGGUCCUUCUUAUUCGCAUCAAAACUGACCUUAUCACUUGCGACUUUGGGGAAGCGCUUUCGUUGCUUUUGCAUUACCCUAUAAAGGAGCAACUUGAGUCUCCUGACGCAUUCAAGUUCAUAAAAAGCAUACACAAGAACGCCGUUGCUCUUUACGAAAUUCGAGCUAAUGACAAAAAGUUGUACCAAUACGGGAUUCAGUUGAAUGCAAGUGCCAACCCUAGUCUCAAGAUUACAAUGAGCUUUAGAGGUAACAGUGUCACCACCGGAAGCCCACGCAAUAGCGACGAUUCUUCUUCGGUUUCUAGAUCUGCUUCCAAAAGUCCUCAGCAAUCGCCGCAAGACUUGCGAGCAGAGAAACUCGCAUUUGAAAAACUCCGCCUCGAAAUGAGAUUGAAGAAGAAGGCACAACUGAUCAUGAAGUAA